AAAAUCAUUCUUAAAUCUCGCAGAGCUCCGCCCCUUCUCCUUCCUCCCCUGUUCACUCGUCUCGCCUUCGAUCUCUCUCUCUCUCUCUCUCUCUCUCUCUCUCUACGCUCCGCUGAUUUCUCUCUCAUCAAGAAGAAGAGAUAGAGAGAGAGAGAGUGGAGGAAACCCCAAAAGAAGAAACCCCAUCUCUCUACUUCUUCCUCCUGCUCUGUAAUUUCCUUUUCGGGGCCGAAUUCGCCUUCUGAUCCGGGCCUCGUGCUCUCGCUCGCGUGCCGCAUCUUUCGGCACUCCGUCGCGAUCGGCGAAUCCGGGAACGAACGAAGAGAAGAGGGUAGAAGGAAGCAAUGGCCGCCGUCAACAGCUACGCCGAGACUCCGCAGGAGAGGUACCAGGGCAACACGCCGGCCGCCGCGCCGCCUUCCAAGCAGCCGCUCCCGGCGGCGAAGAGCGUCGACACCCAGUCCGUGCUCAAGAGGUUGCAAUCUGAAUUGAUGUCUUUAAUGAUGAGCGGCGAUCCCGGGAUCUCUGCAUUCCCAGAGGAAGAUAAUAUAUUCUGCUGGAAAGGAACGAUCACCGGAAGCAAAGACACGGUGUUCGAAGGGACGGAGUACAAGCUCUCUCUCUCCUUCCCGAAUGACUACCCUUUCAAGCCCCCGAAGGUCAAGUUCGAGACCGCCUGCUUUCACCCCAAUGUCGACAUCUACGGCAACAUCUGCUUGGACAUUUUGCAGGACAAGUGGUCUUCUGCGUACGAUGUAAGAACCAUAUUGCUCUCUAUCCAGAGUCUUCUUGGAGAACCAAACACAAGCUCGCCUUUGAACACCCAAGCAGCACAGCUAUGGAGCAAUCAGGAAGAGUAUAGGAAGAUGGUGGAGAAGUUGUACAAACCUCCAACUGCUUAGACUCCAAGUAGAAUGGGUUCCUGGAAUGUGAGAGGGGGAAUAUUUGUUUCAGCUUUCCAUUCAUUUCCAAAGAGGGUUGAUAUAAUGGACUUGGAUUCUUUCGUUUGUUUCGGUGUGUUUUGAGUAUAAUUUCCUUAGGCAGAUUUGGCCCAGGAAAUGCCUCUCUUGUAUUGGAUGGAUGACCAUUUAAAGAUAGGUGGCGCUUGAGUAUUUGGAAUGGAAAUGACUCUCUCUC